GCUGACUGUAGCCUCAAAGCCCACACAACUGCCGGGUACAGCUAAUUAGCGUUGUUUUAAAAGUCAACCUGAUAAACCAACAUGGUUGUAAUCGAUUCGCCACUCCCGGCGCAAAAAUAUCUCCGUCGCAUCUCCAAAGAUUUCUCAACUGUACGUCGCUAUAGCAACACCCCAGCUGCAUCCACACUCUCUGUUACUUCCGCAUCGGCCACGUUCCUUGCAGCUGAGGCGGAUGCACAGUUGCCGUCGCAGCUUCAGGUGCCCAGUUCGCCGCGCGGGAUUCGCAAGCGGCAGCGACCUCGUAAACGUUCCUCGGUCUCGUCGACGCUAACUAAAGUUUUAAUACUCAAUGUGCGUGAUUUGUUGAAGGCGCAUGCCAGCCCUGAGCCAUCGAAUGAGCAUCAGCCGCGCAGUUGGAUUGAGACAAAUUUCCAGAAACGUGAAUGCAUCAAGUUCAUACCAUGCCCAAAGGACGACACAAAAUGCUGCUGCGGCCAGGCACAGGUCACCCAUCAGACUAUUCCAGGCAUCGAGAGCGGCUCGCCGGGCGACAACUGGCUGCCAACGAAGCACACACGUCCCCAGCCCACCGACGCCUAUGGCACUAUUGAGUUUCAGGGUGGAGCCCAUCCCACUAAGGCGCAAUAUGUGCGUCUGUCAUUCGACACGAGGCCUGAACUGUUGGUGCAGCUGUUCACAAAGGAAUGGAAUCUGGAAUUGCCAAAACUUUUGAUAACCGUGCAAGGCGGCAAGGCCAACUUUGAUUUGCAGGCCAAGCUGAAAAAGGAGAUACGCAAGGGAUUAUUGAAAGCGGCAAAAACCACAGGUGCUUGGAUAUUCACGGGCGGAACGAACACCGGCGUCACCAAACAAGUGGGCGAUGCUCUGCUUCUCGAGGGCCAGCAACGCACCGGACGCGUCGUCAGUAUUGGCAUUGCGCCCUGGGGCAUUGUCGAGCGCAAUCACGAGCUCUUGGGCCACAACCGUGAAGUGCCCUGCCACAGUAUUAGUUCACCAAGGUCGAAAUUGGCUGUCCUGAACAAUCGACACGCAUAUUUCUUGCUGGUUGACAAUGGCACACAGGCCAAGUACGGCGCUGAAUUGAUUCUGCGGCGCAAACUGGAGAAAUUCAUUUCGAAUUUAAAGCUACAUCCAUUUACACAUUCCAGUACACCCGUCGUCUGCCUCGUUAUCGAGGGCGGCACAAACACGAUACGUGCGGUGCUCGAGUACGUGACGGAUUCCCCGCCGGUGCCGGUCGUGGUGUGCGAUGGAUCCGGGCGUGCUGCCGAUCUGCUCGCCUUUGUACACAAAUACGCCUCUGAUGGAGAAGAACAGCCAGUGCUCGAGUCCAUGCGUGAUUAUCUUAUUCCCACCAUACAGAAGACAUUCGAAGUUGGCAUUGAUCAAGCGGAAAAACUUUACCAGGAGCUCUUACAGUGCACACGAAACAAAAAUUUGAUUACCGUCUUUCGUAUACAAGAGAAACCCGAGGGGGAGGCCCAGGAGCUGGAUCAAACCAUUUUGACGGCACUCUUUAAGUCGCAGCAUCUCAGUCCGCCAGAGCAGUUGAGUCUCGCGUUGACAUGGAAUCGUGUGGACAUAGCACGCAGCGAGAUAUUUGUCUAUGGGCAGGAAUGGCCCAAUGGCGCUCUGGAUGAGGCCAUGAUGCAGGCACUCGAACACGAUAGAAUAGAUUUUGUCAAAUUACUUUUGGAAAAUGGCGUUUCGAUGAAGAAAUUCCUAACAAUACCCCGCCUCGAGGAGCUCUACAAUACGAAGCAUGGUCCAGCGAACACGUUGGGGUACAUAUUGAGGGACGUGCGCCCGCAUAUACCCAAAGGCUACAUUUACACGCUGCACGACAUCGGUCUGGUAAUCAAUAAACUAAUGGGUGGCGCCUACAGAUCUUAUUAUACGCGCCGCAAGUUUCGCCCCAUCUACGCCAAGGUCAUGAAUAGCUAUGCAAAUGCCUGCCGGAAGUCCUCGACGUAUCAAUACCAACGCUAUGCGGGCGCCAAUUCGCUGAGCUUAGUUACCGGUUUGCUGCCAUUCACCUCGGAAAUGGCGCUCUUUGAGUUCCCCUUCAACGAGCUCUUGAUUUGGGCCGUGCUCACCAAACGACAGCAAAUGGCGCUGCUCAUGUGGACCCACGGGGAGGAGGCCCUGGCCAAAUCGCUAGUUGCUUGCAAACUGUACAAGGCGAUGGCCCACGAGGCCGCCGAGGACGACUUGGAUACUGAAAUCUAUGAGGAGUUACGCUCCUACGCCAAAGAGUUCGAGAGCAAAGGCAACAAAUUACUUGAUUUCAGCUACCGCCAGGAUGCGGAGAAGGCCCAACGGCUGCUCACCUGUGAGCUGCACUCGUGGUCUAACCAGAGCUGUCUCUCAUUGGCCGUGGCCGCCAAUCAUCGCGCGCUGCUGGCACAUCCUUGCAGCCAGGUUAUCCUCGCUGAUCUUUGGAUGGGCGGUCUGCGUACACGCAAGAAUACAAACUUCAAGGUUAUACUGGGCUUGAUACUGCCUUUCUAUAUCAGGCAGCUGGAUUUCAAGUCCAAGGAGGAAUUGCAGCAAAUGCCACAAACCGAGGAGGAGCAUUUGGAGAACCAGAAUCUGGAUAACGAUGACUCCGACCGUUCACAGCCCGAUGCAGAGGCUCUAUUGGCGGAUACUUAUUCAGUGCGCGAUACAAAAGUUCACGAAAAUGGCAAAGUCUCGCUCACCGACUCGGAUCCAUCGCAGUUUCGCGAAUUCUUUCACAUGUCGGAGUAUAAUGAAAUCAAGCAGCAUCAGCCGUUGCGAUUGAAGAAAAAAUUCUAUGAAUUUUACACGGCGCCCAUUACAAAGUUCUGGGCCGAUUCGAUCGCCUACAUGUUUUUUCUGAUAAUGUUCUCGUUCACGGUGCUCGUCAAAAUGGGUCCUGCGCCCCGCUGGCAGGAAUGGUAUUCGAUUGCCUACAUAACCACGCUCGGGUUUGAGAAAGUGCGCGAAAUUGUAUCCUCGGAGCCAGUGGCAAUUACUCAUAAAUUUUCGGUGUGGGCCUGGAACAUGUGGAAUCCGUGCGAUGGUGCGGCCAUCAUACUAUUUCUUAUCGGACUGGCAUUUCGUUUUCGACCGAACACAAUGGACAUUGGACGUGUGAUUUACUGCGUGGACAGCAUUUAUUGGUAUCUUCGUAUAUUGAACAUACUUGGCGUGAACAAAUAUUUGGGUCCACUGGUGACCAUGAUGGGCAAAAUGGUGAAGAACAUGAUCUACUUCGUGGUGCUGCUCGCGGUGGUAUUGAUGAGCUUCGGGGUCAGUCGUCAGGCCAUUCUCUAUCCGAACAACGAGCCAACGUGGCGUUUAAUACGCGAGGUCACCUACCAGCCCUACUUUAUGUUGUACGGUGAGGUGUUUGCGGACGAUAUUGAUCCACCCUGUGGCGAGGAUCCGCGUCAGCCCGCCUGUGUCACGGGUCAUUGGGUUACGCCAAUAACGAUGUCCAUGUACUUGUUGAUUGCCAAUAUUUUGCUAAUUAACCUUCUCAUCGCCGUCUUUAAUAACAUAUUCAACGAAGUUAACUCGGUGUCUCAUCAGGUGUGGAUGUUCCAGCGCUUCACCGUCGUCAUGGAGUACCAGCAGAAGCCGGUCCUGCCACCGCCCUUCAUAGCCUUUUGCCAUUUCUAUUCGCUGCUCAAGUAUUGUGUGCGCAAAGCGAAAGGAUUGGAGGUGCAAAGGGACAACGGUCUCAAGUUGUUUCUCGAAAAGGACGAUCUGGAGCGCCUGUACGACUUCGAGGAGGAGUGCGUCGAGGGAUUCUUCCACGAGCAGGAAAUCAUUCUGAAUCAGUCGACCGAUGAGCGUGUCAAGAACACAACGGAACGUGUCGAGACCAUGUCGCAAAAAAUCGAGGAUAUCAAUCAAAAGGAAAACUUACAGACGGCCACUGUACAGAACAUUGAAUACCGAUUGCGCAAAAUGGAGGAAUCAUCCGAGCAGAUAUUGUCCCAUCUGGCCGUCAUACAUCGUUUCAUGUCGACCCACACCGCAGGCACCGACGAAUUACACGCCUCCACCUCAAACAUUCCAGGUGAAAUGCAUCGCAUGCGCACCAUUUCCAUGUCGGACAAUGAAGGCGGUGGUGGUGGCGGCGUCAGUGGCAGUGGUGGCGGUGGCGGUGGUGUUAGCGCUGGUGGCGCUAUUGGCGCACUCGGGCUAGGUGCCAAUCUCAGCAUAAAUUCCCUACAGGUAACCAAUAGACGUCGCUUCAAUCGCUCGCUUACCGAGGUGCGUCCCGACGCUUACAUCCUAGAUGAGGGCACACAUUUCGAGGUGGUGCCACUGCCCGAGGAACCGGACGAGGUGGUGAAGUCGCGUGAGGCGCUCAACGAGCAGGUUAUGCGCAAGGCCUCCAUGCAGUCGGAAACGGAAUCGGACAUCUAUUUGCCAAUGUCGCAGCGUCCCUCGACGUGCGAGACAGUGAAGCGCACACCAUAUGUCACCGUUCGCCAGGACACGGGGGCCAGCACGGAGAGCAAGGACACCCUUACACCGCUGGGCCACAAUGACGAUGAUCACACGCUAGUUGGGGGCGAGAAUUCGGACGAUGCGGCGCCGGAUAUUAACUUUGAGGCUGCCAGACAUCGGGCGCUGCGGCAACGCACUGUUUCGCUGUGCCGUCGCAAUUCAGAGACUGGUUCGAUGAGUGGCGCCGAGCUCAUAAAUCGCUCCCACAUUAGUCUUAACCAGUUGGUGCUCUCUCGCCGCCAGAUGAGCCUCACCCAGUCCGAGCCAGACAGUGACAAGGAUGUGCCCACUGCGACGGGCGCCGCCCCUGCGGGUAAAUCAGUAUUGCAUGCGAAACCCUCCAGAAAUAUAUUGCUGAAACUGCACAGCGAGUACACAUCGAUAACGGACGAGCUGGAGAGCGUUUGCCAUAUGAUUGCGUCGCCGACGGUGUCGCUGCAGAGCACCAACAAGGCCUCAUUGGAUCGGCCCAAGACAGAAAGAUCGCGGGCAGAGGAAGCGGCCCUUCAGGAGAAGAUGCACUUGAAGGAGUGCGAAGAGAAUGACUACAAAAUACUCGAAGGGCUAUUCGAGGCGCGUGGCUCGAUCGAUUCGAGCAUUCAGGCAUAUGAGGUGGGCGUCUCUGUGGACUACAGCCAUCGCUAUCCGCUGCGUCGGGAGACCGCCAUUGAGCUGUCGCCAUCGAAGCCUUCGGCCGAGGGGGGCGCCAUUGGCUGCGACAGCAGCGAUACCAGCAGUGCGAUUGGCGCCGUUGGCAGCUUCGGAGGUGCCGGGGCAUUCCAGCUGAAGAACGAACGUCCUUGGCAGCGCAACUCAUCCAUGGAACAGCAGUCGUUCCAAUCACCCUCGGGACCCACCCGAGCCACCAGUGACUUUCUAAAUCCACCUUACGAGAGCAUCGGGCGCCUGUACAAGAAGUCUAGCGAGAGCUUGCAAAAGAACUCCAGCACCGAUACGGACUACUCGGCGCAUCCGUAUCGCUUCAUCAAGCAAAGCUCUAACGAGACAAACACAUCGCUUACUGGCUCCUACAACCUGGACACCCCUUCGCUGACGGCCGAGCCUUCGCUGGAUGCCGGCGACUCUCACUCCGCAACGGGCAUCAGCAUGACCGUUGGAGGUGCUGGCGGCAGUGCCACAGCGCGUUACCAGCCUAAGCGCACAGCAUCCGUGGGCGCAGUCGACAACAGACGUUUGCGCGACGAGAGUUCCAGCUCCUUGGACCUGAGCGCAGCGCCAGUAAUGACGCAGGCACCGCCAGCACUGCCAACGCGUCCCAUGCAGCUAAAGAAACAGUUUAGCAUGGACCAGGGCAAGCCGUUGCAGGCGCAGUCUAUCGCUGACACAGCAGCGGAGGCCAGCGCGAGCACAAGCUCAAGCUCGGGUGCAGCAGCUGCCGUGCCGACCCAGGUUGGCGCCAAACUGAUUUCCACGCUCAAGCCGCCCUACACCAGCCGGCUGGGCAUGAAUGUGCUCAAGGAGAGCAGCUCGAGCACCGAGGAGUCGCGCGACGGCGAAACGCUUUCCGCCACAGCCUCGACCAAGGGCAGCACCACGGCGCUCGCCAUACCCCAGAUUAGCACGCAUCUGGUGCAGGACGAGAUUGCGAAGCUGUCCUCGAACAUCAAGAGCAGCACGGAAUCGGAAAAGGAUCCGCCAUAUAAUGAAACCAUGUGUUAGGGAUUCUUCGCAAAUUUUCAAAUAACUGUUUGCUUGAUUGAAAACUGUAUAGUUAUAUCUGUAUGUUAGAAUAUAAGGCUUUCAAUUUAUACACAGUUCUAAACGCAUAUGGCGAAGUUAUGGUCAAUCGAUUAUCAGGUCGUUGAUUAUUGUAUAUAAGUUUCCGAUGGUUAAUAUGUCCUCUGUUUGCACUGAUUGUUAAAAGUACACCAGCAAUAUUUUUCCUUCUCUGAUAAUCAACUGACUGUAAAAGGCCCAUUUGUACUUGUAUCUUUAAAGUGUAUGCAUACAUAUUUAAAUCCACCUUGUGCUCAGCAACGCUACUAGUCAAUGGCUUAAUGGUUCGAGCAACUUAAAUCCAAAGUACUUACACAAGAGGGGAAUAUAAAAGUAAAUAAUAGUAACAAUAAUGGCAGGCGAUACUUAGUUCAAUAUGCAUUAUCAAUGGGAAAUCUUUAAGGCCUAGCAAGCCAAGUAAGUGUUAAUGUUUUUGACAAUAUGAUAGAAAGUCUCUGUAUUUUUAUAAAUGUAUUUAUUUACAAGUCACAGUUUAUUGUUGUUAUCAUAUAUAGUAAUAUACAAAGGUACAUACAGACAUACUAUAUAGAGAAAAAUGCAUGCAUUUAUCUGAACAAACAAAUAAUGGAACAGUUCUUCUCAAAUAUCAGCACAAAAUUGUCGCCAAUCUAUCAAGUCAGCACAAAUCAAACUUUGGUACAAAACGAAACACUAAGGACAACUACACGUGCACAUUAUGCCCCAUUUUACAAUAUUUUAGGAAUUAGAAUACUCUACAUAUUAAACACUACAUGCAACUUCACAUAUCUUGUAGAACACUACAAACACUUUAUCAAACAGUUUAUCAAAGCCAAUUUAAUGCCACAUACAUAUGCACUUGCCCCAAUCUAUGGCACACUUCAUGUCUUGAAUGUGUGUCUAUGUUCCUAGACUAAUACGAUAUAUUGUUAUCUGUAUAUCUAUGUGCUUAAUAAUGUGUAAAUCAAUGUCUGUUUAACUUAUAGUAUACACACAUACAUAUUUAUGAAGUAAUUAGUUAGUCCCUUUUUUCUCAUUUAUACAUAUAAACAAAAUUAUUUCCGAGAUGCCGCCAUAUAACUCUGUAUAUAGAUAUUAAUCGAGCAGAAAAAAGGAAAAAAAGAGAGUUCGGUAUAUUUGUUAAUGAUCGGCUUCUUCUUAAAUGCCCAACUAGGAGUUGCUUAGUUUUAAACUGUUUCAAAAUAGAUGAAGGAAAAGCCUAUAGCAUUUUAUUACAAAUGUAUUGUACAUGUUGUUCUAAGAAAUAAAUGUAACGUCCUUAAUGAAA